GAGAGCCAAUACUCGUGCAGUUGUUGGUGGCAACGCUUGUACGAAGAGUGUGCCUCGUCGGAAAAGAGUGAACGUAUAUUCAUCGAUUUGAACGAAAAUAAACAAUAUUUAGCGUUUUGUGAAUCAAUUUUUAAUUGGAAGAGAAUUUUUUAUUUUUUUGUUUUUUGAAAUCGAGUCUUUCAUAGAGAAGGAAAAAAAAUAUUUUCCCAAAUAAUUGGCGAAGAAAUACUAACCAAGAACCGCAGUAUCAGCGGAGUUUGUUGUUUCACUUUUGUCUGUGAAUCCUCAGAUCAAAGUCCAAGAAAAUGUCUCCCCUCACGAUCGUCCUACUAGUCGGCUGCUACGUCGCCUCGUCUUCGGCCCAAUGUUUGACCGGGAACGAUAGUCCGGCGUUGAUGAAUCCGGAUUCAAAGAACAUGAUGACUAAUGCUCGUAUCGGUUUCGCCUUGGAUGCAUUGAGAAAAGCAUCCCUCAUCGAGCCAGAUGACAAUUUGUUCUUCAGUCCCCACAGCAUUCAUCAGGCGAUCACACUCGCCUAUUUUGGUGCGCGGGGCACGACCGAGUCGUCGUUGAAAAAGGCACUGCACAUACCGGAGGAGCUCUCCAAGGUCGAUGUCCAGAGAUCUUAUAGCUUGGAAAAGUCGUUGCAUCAACAGAAAAAGGAGCAGGGAACAGAGCCGACGAGUUACGAGUACAACAGUGCUAACCGUUUGUGGAUUAGCCAGACGAAAAAAGUACGCGAGUGCAUGUUGGAUUUGUUCAGUAACGAACUUGAGAAAACCGAUUUCGCCGCCGAUCCACUAGCCGCACGCAAUCGCAUCAACGAGUGGGUCAGCAAUACGACCAAGGGUCACAUAAAGGACCUUCUUCCAGUCGAUGGGGUGAGCGCCGAUACCGAUCUCGUACUUGCCAAUGCCGUUUAUUUCAAAGGACUCUGGACUAGUCGUUUCGACAAAACUAAUUCCAAACGUGACAUUUUCUACGGAACUACGAGCAAUCUCGUAACCUUCAUGCGUCAAAAGGGAACCUUCAAUCACAUUAUUUCGGAGCAGCUCGGAGCCCACAUCCUGCAGUUGCCGUACAAGGGUGACGACAUUUCCAUGUUCAUUUUGUUGCCACCAUUCGCGAUGUCGAGAUCUCUCAAUGAGUCUGGAAAGCAGCAAAAUUCAACGAUCGAUCGCGACGGUAUUCAUCAGUUGAUCGAAAGAAUAACGAAAACGAAGGCAGGAACUGAGGAACUUCUGCAGAAUUUGAACGACGGUAUGCCACCGAGGGAAGUCGAAGUUUCGUUGCCACGAUUCACCAUCGAGAAGGAACUUCAACUCGCGCCCCUUCUCCAUGCUCUUGGAGCUGGCGACCUCGUCACAGCUGACAAAGCCGAUCUCCGCGGUUUCCUCGCUGACGGUGAAGGAAAUUUGCAUCUCGGCGAUGCCGUGCAUCGCGCCAAAGUCGACGUUAACGAGGAAGGAACAACGGCAGCCGCCGCAACUGCUCUCUUCAGUUUUCGUUCGAGCAGACCCGCUGAACCUGAAGUUUUCAACGCCAAUCAUCCCUUCCUCUACAUAAUCUACGAUCGGACCAAUCGGGAAAUUCUAUUCACAGGCGUUUACAGAACUCCGACAACUCCGAGCGAACCUGAGAGUUCGUAAUCGGUUACGCGCCGCCUAUACGAUCCCCUCAAUUUGAAUUCUCCUCCGUUUGAGCUGGUUCUCGUGCGAUUUUCAAUUUAUGAGAGUGCAUUUUCAUGCGCAUGUUCAAAAUUCUAUCCAAAUCAUCGUCUUUUAUAAAUCUUAAUGUUUCUCAAACAAAAACGAAGCUUCUGUGGCGUAACAGUUCUAAAAACAUAUUUAAAAUCACUAUUGUCGAUUGAAAAUGUUUUUCAUCAAUAUUUGUAUUAUUCAACUGCUCUGUUUCUUAUGUGAAAAUGAUAAAGUACUUUUGAGCAGCACGUAAAAACUUAGUUUUUUUGUAUUUUUACUCUCACGAUGCAAAUUUUAAUAUAAUUUGUGAAAACUCAAGUUGAAAGCCACAUUUUUCGUUGAAAAAUUGAUUUUUAUUGUACAAAGUUUACAAAAUCACUAUCACGAAAGAUUAUUUUGAAAAAUUGGCCCAUUCGAACAAAUGUAGCCAAGAGUUUUCAUGAACGUAGAGCUUAAAAGCUCGAUUAUCGAAUAUUGCAGCACGAGAACUAACUUCGCAAUUUUUUUAUUCAAUACUGACUCGCGCCGUCGCCCCUUAGUUCCUCAAUUGUUUUUCGUGCUUCGUAUCAACCUUUGCACAAUCUUCAACUCUCUGAAGUUCUCUUCUUGUGUUCGAUAUUACGAGUGGGCGAUUGAAAUUUGUAAGUUUCGAAAAAAUCUCAUCGAAGAAACGUUGAUGUCGAUAGCGAAUGGAAGUUUUGAACAAUUUUCUUACUCUUUCCAUGACAAAUUUUGAAACAUAAACAAAUCGAGUUAAUCUCAUUUUCUCUUGAAUGUUAUUCGAGGGGGAAAGUUACUCGUGCUAUGCACUUAAAAAUACUUUAGCCUAGAAAUCCUCGUCGGGUUUAUUUUAUGUUCGACCUUCAUAAAAACACACAAACUGUGACAACGGAUUUAGAGAUACUCGACGUUAAAAAAUUUCCCGUCGAUCGAUCUGGCUAAUGCGAGAUGAAAAAGAUCGAUCGAUCUGUAAAAAUAACCGUCAAUUUAGGCCUGAAAACUCAAACUUACCAAUAAUGUAGUUUUUAUUUAUUUUGUACGACUAUGAAUGAGUAAAGCCAGAGUACAUUACGUUCUUUA